CAAUUUUUUCAGUUGGUCGUUCUGCGCAUGCUCCACUCGGAGUUUAGGGUGGGAAAGUUAACCGUUAGCACGGAAAGCUAACAGCCAGAGUGUGUAAUGGCGGCCUCUGUGUUGUUGGGGUCUGCGGACAACACUGGACUCGGCUUUACGGUGGGAGUUGGCGGCAAUGGUAACGUUUUAGCUGGUAAUAAUCAUGGACUUGGGCUGGUAGGCCCGGCGCCGUGGAACCGCUCCCUGGACCGGGCUUUGGACGAAGCCUCGGCCACCGGGUUCCUCAACCUCAGUGGCAGGAAGCUGAAGGAGUUCCCCCGGAGCGCCUCCAACCACGAUCUGACGGACACCACUAGGGCCGAUCUGUCUCGUAACCGUCUGUCUGAACUUCCCGUGGACAUCUGUCUCUUCGUCUCUGUGGAGAGUCUCAACCUGUAUCAGAACUGUCUGAGGUCACUGCCGGAGAGUUUGGUCAACCUGCAGAGUCUGACCUACCUAAACCUCAGUCGGAACCAACUGUCCGUCCUGCCUGUUGUCCUCUGUAGUCUCCCUCUGAAGGUUCUAAUUGCCUGCAACAACAAACUGGUUUCUCUUCCAGAAGAAGUGGGGCAGUUAAGACAACUCACUGAGCUGGACGUGAGCUGUAACGAGAUCCAGACGUUACCUUCUCAGGUUGGUCAGUUGGAGGCUCUAAGAGACCUGAAUAUCAGGAGGAACCACCUUGUUACACUCCCACCAGAAUUGGCUGACCUCCCACUUGUACGUCUGGACUUCUCCUGUAACAAGGUGACCUCCAUCCCUGUCUGUUACCGACGACUCACACAGCUCCACACCAUCAUCCUCGACAACAACCCUCUGCAGUCGCCACCUGCCCAGAUAUGUAUCAAAGGAAAAGUCCACAUAUUUAAGUAUUUGAACAUUGAGGCGAGUAAAUCCACCCCUGACCUACCAGACUACGAAAGACGGCCUCUGCCCUUCACCUCGUGUGUUGAUGAGCUGUACCCCGGACGUCGUUACGGGGCGCUGGACUCAGGUUUUAAUAGUGUGGACAGUGGAGACAAGAGGUGGUCGGGGAAUGAGCCAACAGAGGAGCUGUCAGAGCUGCCACAGAGAGUCACUGAGAUCAGCAGAGAACAGAGACACAGAGCAGCAGGGGGCGGAGCUUUGAUGAUUCCUAAUGGCACACAUGUGGAGGUGGAGCAGAUUGACUUUAUUGACAGCUGUGUGGAGGAGGAAGAGGAAGGCAGGAGUCAGAGCGGACGGGGAAGCAGAGACAGCACCAGUCUAAGUUCUCAAUUCAUGGCCUACAUCGAGAGACGGAUCACCAGAGAGGGGUCUCCAGUCAAAACUAAUGCUUCCAGGAUGGAGGACACAAGGAGACACAGGAGUGUGGUCGAUAGUGUCACAGUGCCCUCUAUUUCCCAAAACCAGAGGGCUGCCCUGGGACAAGGGGGUGUGGAGAGAAUAAGGAGGGAGGCUCAACUUGCGGCUCUGAGGUAUGACGAGGAGCGACAGAAGAACCGAUCUGUAAGCAGUUAUACAAAGCAUAAAGCAGCUCCCAGUCCUACAAAGUCCAGUCCAGACACCGAGACCUUGUGCCCCUCCAGACGCUCUACCCACACAGAUGACUCCGCCCUCUUUAUGUCUGUGACUACAGCCUCUAUGGACUGUAACUCUGCUGCUGAUAGCUCCUCCUCCUGUCUUCUACAGGGUGAAGACAGAGCUGCUCUGUCUCCUACAGCCAAUCAGUCCACGUCAUACCCCAGCUUAGGGGGCGGGGCCUCUUGUCGGACUUCAAACCUUAGACCAGACAGUUUUCUCUUUCGUCUAAACCAAAAAGAAGAGAAGAGGAAAGCAGAUGCUGCUUCCACCUCCACAGUCACACCUCAGAACCAGGAGGUGCCUGCUACACCUACCUUGGUUGGAGAAGAUGCUGAGCUGGUGGAGCAGCUUAGAAAGAACAUUGAGGCUCGUCUCAAAUUGUCCUUACCAAGUGACCUGGGUGCCGCUCUGACAGAUGGGGUGGUGCUGUGUCACCUUGCCAAUCAUGUGCGACCACGGUCCGUCCCCAGCAUCCACGUCCCCUCCCCUGCUGUGCCUAAACUCACCAUGGCCAAAUGUCGGCGAAAUGUGGAAAACUUUCUGGAGGCGUGUCGGAGGAUUGGAGUCCCACAGAGUCAGUUGUGUCUCCCUCUUCACAUUCUGGAAGAACAAGGUCUCCCACAAGUUGCCGGCACCGUACGGGCUCUGCUCGAACUUGCCCCACCUCGACACCCUGUUACCUUGACAUUGAGCACAACGUCGUGAAUGACAAAACAGUUGGUCAUCACGUGCACAACACUAGCAUCACCAUAACUAUCAUUGCAGCACAUGCACACUCAGGCAACGAUGAGGAAAUUAAGCUGUGUCUGAUGGAGACAUAAACAGAGCUGAAUGAUGUCAACUCUCUCUGUUGCUGAGUUUAGAAACAUGACAAAGUUUUAUUUUGUUUAGAACAACUCGGCCACUGCUGUGGAUCACAUCUAUCACAUGUAAAAAAUGUAGUGUUAGGACAGACUUUAUAAACUCCUAUUUCUUAUUUAGGUAAGAAAACCAACUAAUAGAUUUAUCAACAUUUUUUAUUUGUAUGUUAAUUUUUAAUUAGAGGUUGGAAUUUCUCUUUAAUCCCUGAAGUUGUAAAUCCAAGUCACAAAAUUACUUGGCAGUGAGGGGACACAAACCAUGUGCACUUCCUAGCCUGACUCGUAACCUGCUUCAGGUUCUUUGUUAACCAGAAGAUCAUAAUCUCUGGGGUGGCGUCAUUCCCAGUACCACUACAUGGCCUCUAACUUAAAUGCACUGUGAGACCACUGUGCUUUUUUUACCGUGAUUGACUGACAUGCCACUGUUAAUUAAGAUUAGUGUUUUUCAACACUUUUUAUCAUCACUACAGAAUGCUAGAAACUAUUUAUGGUUUAUAUUUAUAGAUCAAAUUAAAAACACUUUUAAUUAUGUUAUGCAGAAAACAUGAUUUUACCAUGUUUUUAAAACUAAGCUGUAAAAUUAUCAAGUGUUCAACCUGUUUACAUCAGUUGUUUUGCACAUUAGGCUAAUGUAGCUGAUGGUGGUGAUAAUCACUAUUUUAUAUGUUUAAAUGUUUCUCUAAAAAUACACUAUGUCAGUCACAGUGAAAAGAAGUCAGCAGGUCUAGUUGAUUUGAUAAUAAUCCUUACAGCGCUAUUUGGGUUGCCUACUUUUGUUUAGCAAGAAGUUUAAUUCUAUUCAUAUCUAUUUAUGUAGCUAAAUUAAUUUAAAAAAUACUGACCUGCUGUUUGUGCUACUGGGAGCCAAAUGGGUCCUAUACUAAUGCAUAAGAUGAAAAGAAAAAAACUGUUACAACUAAGUUCCAUCAGCUUGCUAUGUAAAAUAUUUUACCUAUGUAAAUAUAUGCUGAUGAAUAUGUUUUUAAAACAAUUUUCAAUAUGUUAUCAAUUAGGGCUAAGUUAGUUUAUAUUGUUCAGCUACUUUGUAGUGAGGCAAAAUUAUUUUUCAUGAGUUCAUGUUAACAAACGUUAAUAUGGAUAAUGUUGGUCUUCAUGUUAUGCACAAGUAUACAACAUAAGCUAAGAUUUACAUCUUGCAACAGGCAGCACUUUUUAGCCCACAUGUGCUAAAUCACAGGGAUGUUGCUAUUAUAGUGGCCUUGUUGAAGUUUCAGCUCUGUUUUCAGUCUCCAUUUGUAAGGGACCAAUGUGAUGAAUGGUGACUUAGUGCCGACAUCUUGUUUAUCUGUUGCACCAGUUACACAUGUAAACUGAUGUUUGCAGUGUCUGCAGUUGGUAGAUUCUGUCUGUCUCCUGGUUUAUCAUCCACGCAUUUUCAGAACCUUAACUGAAGCACAUGUGCCCCCAUGCACGUUAUUAAUGGCAAACAUUAUUUAUAGACAAAAUAAAUCAGAGAUUAAAGAAGAGUCAUUGUUGCACCAGAAACUUAUGUGAAAAUGUACUGAGCUGUGAUUUGACAAGAUCAUUCAGGUGAUGAUGACGCCUCAUGUGUGUUGCAUGCUAGGACAAUUUCACUUGGAUGGUGUGAUCUGACACUAACACACUGUGGACUAAAAGGUCUGCAAUCAUAAAAUACUAUAUGCUGUAAAUAUAUACAUACAUGCAUACAUACCACCAGUGAUGUCACCAUAGACCUGUGCUCACCAGAGAUAAUUGAAGAUGGGAUGGAGACACAUGAAAUAGUCACCUGCUUACUUCCAUCUGGUGCAGAUGCUAAACAUCACUUGUGGACUAGGAACUGCUGCACCUGAAUGCAGUUUCACAAAAAAAAAAGUCUUCAGGCUUAGACACUUGGCUACGCCUCCAUUUAAAAUCUAAAAGGUUUCAGGUUACAGAACUGAUUGGUGUUCUGAUCAACAGUUGUACUGUCCACUUUGUUGGUCUGGCUCAGAAGUUGUGGUUAUACUUGUACAGUUUCAUGUUUUGUUUUGUUUUUUUUCUGGUAAUGUGUUUCUCCUGCAGCAUUGACUAGUCAUGUGACAAAGAGCUGGUGUGCUUUUAGAGGACAUUCCACCGGUUGUUAAAAGGAGGACACACUUGUUUGUAUUUUUGCUGACAAACUGUAUAAAGAUUUGAACACAGUCAUAUGAAGAGUUGACUUUAAGUGCUUUAAAUAAAUAUUUUAAUUUGA